AUGGCAGCCGGUAUUGCGAAGACGAUCACCUGGUUGAUUCGAACCCUCCAGUUCCUCUUCGCCAUCAUUCUUGUUGGAAUCAUCAGUUAUAUGAUCCAUGAGUACAGGGAGUUCAGGGACUUCAGACACCAUCUGGGGAUCAAGAACCCUGGAUUCAAGCCACCCCGCGAACUCAUCGUUCCCGAAGUCUUCUCGGUUCUGGCAAUCUUGUUCACUGCAUUCUCGAUCAUGGCUGUCUGCUUUCUCGGAUACACCCUUCAGCUACUUGCGGCAUUCCUCGACUUUGUGCUUUGGGUCGGAUACCUUACCUCUGCUGGCCUUCUCCGCCAUAACUACCAUGUCAGAAGUAGCAGGAACCCACUACGCAACACCAUCACCGAUAUGAGGCAAGAACGCGGGAUGAAUCGUCACGAACAUCGCAUUGGCGGGAUAGUGAGAUUGCUUGUUGCGUUGGUUCUUAUUCAACUUUUCCUGUUCACCUUCACUACAUUCUUGUCCAUGUGGGUUGCCAAGAGAGACAGAGAUAACCGUGUAGUUCACGAAAAACCGCGUCGUAGCAACGCGCACACUCAGAUUGUCUAA